AUGGCUGACGAUGGUGUGAUUGUGUUGAGCAGCGAUGACGAGGAGGAGCAGGAGCAGGAGCAGGAGUCGUGCAUCAAACUGGACAGCAGCGUGGAAACCCUGCUGGUGGAAGGCGACGAUGACACGCAGGAUCUGCCCAUCAUCGACCUGGAUGGAACAGCCGACUCCUCCACAACAUCCACUUGCACCAGAAGUGGCAGCGUGGUGCCUACACCGGCGAACGUGGACACCACACCUGGAUUCUCCUACCAACCGCACAUCAGCACCUCCACCCCAUUUCGUGCUUUGUCCAUGUCACUCGCAAAUUCACCAGCCACAACUCCAAACACAAGCAAAACCACAACUCCAGCCACAACAACGACGACUCAGCUGCCGCCGCCGCCGCCUCAGCAGCAGCAGCAGCAAGUACAGCAACAGCAAACAGUGUCGCCGACGACGGUGUCUUCCACAACAACAACAGCAGCAACAACAGCAGCAACAGCAACUGCGGUGACACAGCCGUGGUCAAUUUCCAGAUCAAGGGUGACCAACGGCAAGGCUGAUGCGGCUCAGCGGACACUGGCAUUCAACAACAACGACCAAACCACUCCCUCCUUUGUGCCCUUCUCAGCAACAGCACCAACAGCAGCAACAUCAUCAGCAACAGCAUCAGCAGCAGCAUUCAUGGCCUUCAAGAGCAGUGCGACAAAGCCAUCCUCGUCACCUCUGUUGGCGCCCGUUCGCACUUCUUCCCCACUCAUGAAGCUGCGAGGCCACAGCGAAGCCAGCAACGACACAGACGAUGAGUUGCCGCAGUGCCUGCCACUUUGGUCGUCGGUGAAGCCGACAGGGACAGUGGUUGCCCCCAACACGGCCCAGUCACCCACAACAACCACAACCCAAUUAACAACUGCAGCCCCAACCACGACGACGACGACGACGACGACGACGACCACGACCACCACGACACCCACGACGGCAUCAUCGACAAGAGCAGCAGGGGCGGUGAAGGUCAAGCAGGAGAAGCCAUUGUCGGGAGCAACACUGCCUGCGUCCAGCUGCAAUGCCGCUACUUCUACUGCCAUGAGUGGCGGAGUGGUGGUGAAACAGGAAGCGCUAACAACCCCUGUCAAGACAACCCAGGCCGUAUCUGCAUCAGUACCAACUACAGCAUCCACAACAACAACAGCUGCGACAACAACAGCAACAACAGCGACAGCUACACCAACAACGACAGCAGCCACGACAAAGGCGGUGGCAACAAAGGCGACUCCUCCGCCACCACAGCGCCGGCCAUAUCGGGGGUUGGCGCAGACGUGGACACUACCGCGCACCGCAACCUUUGGCAAGGCAUCGCACCUCGUCCCCGUCGCACACGUUGCAGACCUGUACCAGGCGAUUGACAUGACGCUGAGCAACCCGACCCUCCCGGCCGCGUAUCUGUCAAAGAUGUCACCAACUGUUGCCUUUUUCGAAACAGACAAACUCCUGGCCAGCGUUAUGAACACGCUUGAGAAUGCUGGUGCGACGCAUGAACCCGAGCUCGCUGUCCUCCGCUAUCUCGACGCCUUGGCAGCGCUGCAGGCUGCGCUGUAUUGGCCGAAGCGGCGGGCGAUGGGACCGUCUGUGCGCACGUGUUUGUGGAGAGCACUGCGUCCACUGACGCGCCCAUCCAAUGAUGAUGAUGAUGAUGAUGAUGAUGAUGAUGAUGAUGAUGAUGAUGAUGAUGAUGAUGAUGAUGAUGAUGAUGAUGAUGAUGAUGAUGAUGAUGAUGAGGGAGGGUUGAAGGCAAAGAGGCGAUCAACACGACGCCGCCGGCGCGUGAACUACAAAGAGCAACAAGUGCAGCCAGAAGGCAGUAGUGCAGACGACGACAACAGUAACAGUGACGAUGACGAUGAUGAUGAUGAGGAGGAGGAGGAAGAGGACGGGUCCCCUGCGAGAAAGCGGGCGCUGCAACGGCAGUGA